UUUGAGGGGUCUCUUCUUUGUCUUGGCUGAUGACUUCUCUGGCUAUAUGAGCCUGCGUAAAAGAGAGAGUACGUGAUGUGAAACUUAGACUCCUUCCAUCCUUAGUGAGAGGUUCCUUUGUGAGAGCUUGUUAAUGGGAGUGUGAGGGAUAUACCCCUGCUGAGUGGUGGAGUGGCUAAACACCUUAGUGGUGUGUGUGAGUUGAGCCUAGAGGUUGGAGCUUGAGUCAGAGACGGAAAUACUCCCAAUAGUGGCAUCAGAGCAUGGUUCCACUGUCUGCUGCCGUCCAUCACCGCCAUCGCCAUCGAUCGUCGAUUCGAGGUCGUUGAAGGUCGCUGGUCAUCUCGUCGUACGCCGGCUAGGUCACUGCUGAAGCCUGGUCGAUCGUUCUGUCCUCUGCAAACCAGAUUUGCAGUUCAUCGCAGAGACCUGCGCCGACCAAUUUGGUCUUCGCCUGCCAACCGUGGGUUACCGCUCGGGCUCUGGGAGUAGUUUUAGCUUUCUGUUUUCGUUGAGACGAAGAAUGGCGCGAGUGUAGCGAGGGCUUCGAGACCAUUGACAAAAGCGAAGGUGUUUGACAACCUCGUUGCUUCACGAUUGUUGAAGGCAGACACAGGGGAGUUUUGGUAGGUAGACGCAGCAACCAUCAACGAAAUUCGACUUCAUUUGCUAUGGAGGAGGUCGUGUUCCAGUACAAAAAAUGGCUAUUGGGAAAGAAAACAACAACGUGAAUUUUGAUGACGAGGAAGAUGGAGUUUGUGAUUCAACCGCGAAGGAGGCUGCAUAUCCGGUGGUGGGAGUGGUUGUCACGGACCGGAAAAUCAGGUUUCAUGCUUUGAAGGAUCUGUUGGCUUCAAUUUGGCGACCAGGCAAAGGGGUGUCAAUCAAAGAGAUAGACAAUAAGAGGUACUCCCUCCGUCCCCCUAAGUUUGGGACGGAGGGGUGUGGUGUGGUUUUUAAGAAAAAGUGUAAUUGUGUGGUUGAUAUUGAAUUGAUAAAGUGUAAAUAAAGUAAGAAUGAAUUCUAACCACUCAAAUGUUA